AUGGACCAGCAGCAGCAGCAGCCGCCGCAGCAGCAGGGCCAGCAGGGGCCAAUGGGCCCUGCCGGCCGCCGCCUGCACAUUGCACACCGCCGCAGCCCGUCCGAGCUGACGCCGCUGAUGAUGGAACAGCUUGCCAUCGCACAGCAGAUCGAGGUGCUCCAGCAGCAACAGCAGCAGAUCGCCGCGACGCACCAGCAGUACGUGAACAUGGGCAUGAUCCAGCCCCAGCAGCAGCUGGGCAACUUCCAGAUGCAGCCCGGCCAGAUGGCAAACCUAUCACCGCAGGUGAACAACUACCAGUUCCAGCAGCAGAUGGGACAGCAGCACCUCGGUGUUCCCAUGCACGCACCCGCCGGGCCCACCCCCCACCGCCGCAACCAGUCCGCCCUUCCCAAUGUUGGUAUGGGAGGCCCGCCCCCAGCUCCUUCCUCCGGCGCAUCUGGCUUCGGCGAGUUCGGUCAGCAGGGCAACCAGGGCCGCGAGAACGUGAACCCUCGCGGCCGUGGCGGCGGUGCCGCUGGCUCCGGACACACAAGAAGACACUCUUUAGCACUUUCUGAUGCUAAGAAGGCGGCAGAGCUGGCAGAGUCGAAGAGAAAGACUUCGGGCUUCCAGUUUCCGCUACCUUCUGCCGGUGGCAGCGCCAACCGAGACGCAAGUCCCAGUGGUGCUAGCUCUGGCGAGCAAACCUCCACGCGUGGCGGUCGCGGCGGCCAUGGACGCAGCCAAAGUAUGGCUGUCGGUCGUGGUGGUGGCAGCGCCGGCCGUGGUGGACCAGCUUUCUCCUUCCCACAGGUGCCCGCCGACUCGAGCACAUCGAGCAACAACAACACUACCAACAACAACACCCAGGGCGGCCAGUCUGAUUUCCAGCGCCGCGGUAGCGCAGGCCACGGCCGAAGCGCAUCGCGCAACUUCGAGGGCAACUGGAGGCAGCCCCAGAACAACCCCCCGCAGCAGUCUGCUCAGGAGAACCAGUCCCAGAACAUGGGUAACUUCAACAUGAACCAGACUGCCAAUGCCGCUCCUUUCCAGCCCGGACACCGCACUCGCGGUUCGGUCAACCAGUCUGUUGGCUCUCUCGGCAACUUCCAGUACCCGGGCCAACCUCAACUGGUUCAACUACCCCAGGGACAGGUCCUCGUCCCGCAACAGAUGCUUGCCCAAGGUCUCAACCCUCUUCAGAUUGCCCACCUUCAGGCGCUGCAGGCGCAGCAGCUGCAGGGCGGUGGUUUCGGAGGCCUCGGCGUUAGCCAGCACGCUCAGCCCCAGAUGGGCAUGCAGCAGCAGCAGCAACGCAAGACCUUGUUCACUCCUUACCUCCCCCAGGCUACUUUGCCUGCACUACUUGGCGACGGUCAGCUUGUCGCCGGUAUUCUCCGUGUCAACAAGAAGAACCGAAGCGACGCGUAUGUCACCACAACCGAUCUUGAUGCCGAUAUCUUCAUUUGCGGUAGCAAGGACAGGAACCGUGCUUUGGAAGGUGACCUGGUCGCCAUCGAACUUCUGGACGUCGAUGAGGUUUGGGGUCAGAAGCGCGAGAAGGAAGAGAAGAAGAAGAGGAAGGACAAUGCUGAUCCUCGUGGCGGUAGCAUCGCCGUGAACGACGCUACGACCCAGCCUGAGACGGCUGGCGAGGGCGGCAUUCGUCGACGUGGAAGUCUGCGUCAGCGACCUACCCAGAAGAAGAACGAUGAUGUCGAAGUCGAAGGCCAAAGCUUGCUCCUUAUGGAAGAAGAGGAGAUCAACGAUGAGCUCAAGCCUCUGUACGCCGGUCACGUCGUUGCUGUCAUUGAGCGUGUUGCCGGUCAGAUGUUCUCUGGCUCCCUUGGUCUUCUGCGCCCUAGCAGCCAGGCCACUAAGGAGAAGCAGGAGGCUGAGCGCCAGGCUCGUGAGGGCAGCAACAGCCGUCCCCAGCCCGAGCGUCAAGAUAAGCCCAAGAUUGUAUGGUUCAAGCCUACCGACAAGCGUGUGCCUUUGAUCGCCAUUCCGACAGAGCAGGCGCCCAGGGACUUUGUUGAGAAGCACCAAGAGUACGCUGAUCGCAUUUUUGUUGCAUGCAUCAAGCGAUGGCCCAUCACCUCGCUGCAUCCCUUUGGUACCCUGGUUGAACAGCUUGGUGUCAUGGGCGACCCCAAGGUUGAGACCGACGCUCUGUUGCGUGACAACAACUUCGGCCCUGAUGAUUUCUCCGAUGCAGUCAUCAAGAACGUUGGCUUCGAGGACUGGUCGGUCGCAAACGAUGGCGAGGAGGCGAUCAAGGCACGUCGUGACCUUCGCAGCGAGGAGACUUUCACCAUCGACCCCAACGGCAGCAAGGAGCUCGAUGAUGCUAUCCACUUCAAGUACCUUGAUGAUGGCCGCGUCGAAAUCGGUGUUCACGUUGCUGACGUCGCGCACUUCAUCAAGCCAAACUCUCUUGUCGACCGUGAGGCAAAGAAGCGCGGCACAGGUGUCUACCUCAUGGAUCGCUCUGUCAACAUGCUUCCUCCACGUCUGUCCAACGACAUCUGCUGUCUCAGCCCUGGUGAGGAUCGCUACACUGUCAGUGUGAUCUUCAAGGUCGAUCCCAAGACCGGCCGUGUAUCAGACGACGAGACCUGGGUCGGAAAGUCUGUCAUCAAGAGCUCCGGCAAACUGUCGUACGAAGAGGUCGACUCUGUUAUUAGCGGACGCGACGGGGAGGUGACGGCGGCUCGUGCUAAGGACAUCAAGACGCUCCACCAAAUCACGCAGCGUUUCCGCCAGGCUCGUUUUGGCGAUCGCACUGCUGACAUCCAGCCUCUGCGUCUCAUGUACCAGCUUGACGACGAGAAUGUUCCCGUUGAGGCCAACAUCUUUGACUCUUCGCCAGCUCACGAGUGCAUCGAGGAGCUCAGCCAUCUUGCGAACAGCUUUGUCGCAAAGAAGAUCCAUGCUGCUCUGCCAGAAAAGGCUCUCCUUCGUCGCCAAGCUCCUCCCAACCCCCGUCGCUUGAACACCAUCGCCGAGCGGAUGGGUGCGAUUGGCUACAGCAUUGACGACGAGAGCAGUGGCACUCUCCAAAACAGCUUGUUCCAGGUCGAAGAUAGCGACAUCCGUAAGGGUAUGGAGACGCUCGUCAUCAAGUCUAUGCCCCGCGCCAAGUACUUUGUCGCUGGCAAGGUACCGGAGGACCAAUACGCCCACUACGCCCUCAAUCUCUCGCUGUACACUCACUUCAUGAACCCAUCCCGCCGCUACGCCGAUAUUGUUGUGCACCGCCAACUUGAAGCUGCUCUUUCGAACGGCGCCAUCGAGUUCACUGAGGACAUUGAGGUACUGGCUAAGACUGCCGAGAUGUGCAACACAAAGAAAGAUUCCGCACAUGCUGCUCAGGAGCAGAGCGUCCAUAUCGAGGCCUGCCGCAAGAUGGACAGGAUCAGCCAAGAAAUUGGCGGCGACUUGAUUGCUGAGGGCAUUGUCAUCUGCGUGUACGAAUCAGCGUUUGAUGUGUUGAUCCCUGAAUGGGGCUUUGAGAAGCGAGUCCACUGUGAUCAGCUUCCUCUCAAGAAGGCAGAGUUCGAUAAGAACAAGCGUCUCCUGGAGCUUUACUGGGAGAAGGGUGUUCCCUCUUCUGCUUUCGUCCCCGAGGAUGAGCGGCCGAAGCACGGUUCUAUCCGGGCGUCCAACGCCGCGGCUGCUGCGCGUCACGCUGAGGCGGCUAAGCAGCGUGCCAAGGAACAGGAAGAGGCCCAGCGCCGCCAGAUGGACACAGGAACCAUGUCGACUAACGAAGUUGACGCUCUGUUCGAUGAUGACGACGAUGACUCGAGCGAUCUGAACUCCACCAUGGCCGGCGUGUCGUUGAACCCAACUGGUGCUGAUCGACCGACCCAAAGCAUGCCUCCCUCGCCGACCAGGGGGCUUUCUGGCCAAGCUCCGCAGCGUACGAACUCGGACUCGAAGCUGUCCAAGAGCGCCAGCGAGGCGCCCGAGGCCAAGCUGUCGAACAAGGAGAAGUACCUCAGCUGGUUCGCCCUACGUGAGGAGAACGGCGACUACAUCCAGGAUGUGCGGGAGAUGGCACGCGUGCCUGUAAUCCUUAAGACGGAUCUGACCAAGAGUCCUCCUUGCUUGACUAUCCGCUCGCUGAACCCGUACGCUUUGUAA